AUGACUGGUCCUUUUUUGAGUACGUCAAGUGGUGCAGCGUUGAUGGAUAGUCUCUCUCCAUUGACCAUCCCUUGUAGUGGUUGUAAGGCCUACCUCGGAGGUCGGGAGUGGUGCAGCGAACACAGAAAGUGCGAGAGACAGCAACAGGAAGAUGCCACGGGCGUACAUGGCUGGAAUAGCUGGGUCGAGGUCGGUCAACGAACACAAUGUGUUCAAGAGAUAAAGAGAUAUAUGAAAUUUAGGAGAGGUGGAACGCAAAGCGUUAGACGAUAG